AUGUUCACAUCCACUCGGCGCUGGUUGCGCAACAACCGGACACCCAUCGCUGUUGGUGUGGGCGUCAUCGGUGCUGGCUAUGUCGCGACUCAAUAUGUUAUCGGCAAGCUUAACGAUGCUCGCGAGCGCAUGAGCAGCGAUCGUAUCGCCAAGGAGAACUUGCGACGUCGCUUCGAACAGAACCAAGAGGAUUGUACAUUCACCGUUCUGGCUCUCCUGCCUUCCGCAACGACUGCCAUUAUCGAGGCCAUGAACACGGAACAGAUCACACUAGAGAUUCAGCAGAUGAAGGCCACCAAGGCCAUAAAGAAUGGCGGUAACGAAUCUGCCGCACCACCAAGCCUCGCCGACACAACAUUGACAGAGGAGGACGGGAAGAGCAUGGCAGGCCAGAGCGAGAGCGGUGUACACCCCAGUCAGAUCCCCACGUCCUCACCAUUCAAUGCUGGUGGUGAGGCGAAUAAGGAGGCUCCAAAACCACGCAAGACAAAACGACAACUAUGGGAUGACGUGACUAUUAGUGCCGUGACGCGAUCGUUCACUCUGAUAUAUACCCUUGCAUUGUUAACAAUGCUGACUCGAGUGCAACUCAACCUAUUGGGUCGACGAAGCUACUUAUCGAGCGUGGUGGCCCUUGCAACAGGUGGCCAGCACGGCACCAUUAGCCUUGAGAACAACGAUGACGACAACACAGAGCAGGCAUACGGCAGCGACUUUGAUAUAAACCGCAAAUACCUGACUUUCAGCUGGUGGCUGCUUAACAAGGGCUGGAAGGAUCUCAUGCACCGAGUCGAAAGUGCUGUGCGCACCGUCUUUGGCAGCCUUAGCCCAAGAGACCUCCUGAGCUUCGAGAGAUUCUCCGAGCUGACGAUGGAGGUUAGAAAGCUUGUUGAAGGCCCCACGAACGAGGAGCGCCAAAAGUCUGACUGGCUCAAAUUUCUGCUUCCGCCCAGAGAUAUGGAGGAUGAGGUGAUCAAAGAAUCGGGUAUACUUGAUGAAGCAGCUAACCACGACCCUGAACACUCACCAGCUGCGUCGCAGGCAAUCCUGAGACGUCUUCUUGACGAGACCGCGGAUCUCAUUGAAUCACCCAGCUUCAUACACGUUCUCACCCUGCUCCUCGACGCUGGCUUCUCAUAUCUGACGGACAAUAAGCUUGCUACUGCAGCAUUCGAGCUCCCGGCCUCUGAUGGAAUGGUAACCCCUGAGCUCAAGGAUCAGCAGCGCUCCAAGGUGAUUUUGCUGCCUAAGAUCAUGUCAGUGUUGACGCGACAAGCUCACGUCAUUGGUGACGGAAUGCCAAAUGAGUAUCUCCAAAAGAUGGAAACUGUCCGUGAUCUCGAGGCUUUUGCCGCUGUCGUGUAUUCAAGCAACUGGGAACAAGAGAUUCGCACAGGCGAUGAUCUCAUGGCCAGCGCCGUUGAUCUUGGUGCUCCGCAAAUCAGUGGAAAAACAACGCAACCACAAACUCAAAACCAGACACAGGGCGAAGCAAGCAUGGUUGUGGUCGAUUCGCAAGGGGGUUUCGAGAGCGCAUGGGGACGAGCAAUGGAUAACAACCCGUAA